AAUUACGAAUCAAAUCGUGUCCUGAUCCGAGACAUCAGUGUACCGGUAGGCAGCCACUGCUCUUAAUCACAUUCCCAAGUCCCAAACAAUUCCUCCGGUUGUCGAAAAGCAGAGUUUGAUAAUGGCGACGUCCUCUUCUUCUAGGGUUCCUGCAAAACCAGCGGGCACUUCUUCAAUACUGUCGAUGCUUAAGGCGUACUCUAUCCCUUUUAUACUUUUUUGUGCUUCACUCUUCUAUCAGUUAGUCGUAAUUCCUCGUGCCUUCCCUCGUUCGCAUUAUGAUGCAUUGGGUAUCAAAGCGCAAAGUUCAAUUGAGGAAGUUAAUCAGGCAUACGAGAAACUCUCUUCAAAGUGGAAUUUAGGUGUUGAAGUUCCUUCUACCAUCGAUUUUAUCAAGGCUCGUUAUGCUUUUGAAUUGCUGACAAAUCAAAUUUGGAAGAGAGAUUAUGACUUAUUCGGUAUUGAUGAGCAGUUCCAUGUUAUUGAAAAGGCUAAAGAGCAGUAUGUCAGGAGAAGUAUUUCAGCAAUCAGCUUUCCUCUGCUGGAGACAAUUUCUUUUGAUCCUGAAGACCAUGCUUUUGAUGUUAUCAACUCUGAGAAUUUUCAAUCCAAGCUUGAAACUGACAAGGCAUUGUUAAUUCAGAUUUUUUCUCCCGGGAGUGUGCGAUGUGCUCAAUUUUCAAACAAAUGGAAGAGAAUUGUUACUUUGCUGGAUGGGGUCGCAGAUACUGGAGUUAUUGAUCUUGCUGAUGUUCAACUUGCCACAUAUCUAGCUGAGAAAGGACCUGGUGGACUACCAUUUUUAGACAUGGAAAGUAUUUUAAUAAACAAAUGUGUUCCAGUAUUUGUGGCUUUCCCCCCAGGUUGUAGAGAUUUAAGGUGCAUGUCUAGAUAUGAAGGAGAACUUUCCAUUGAUUCAGUUACUGAUUGGGUUGCGACGACCAUUCUAAGUUUGCCACGUAUUCGGUACUACUCAAAGGAGUCAAUGGCCCAGGAUUUUCUGAUGAAAAGCAAACCCCACAAGGUCAAGGUCAUUUUCUUCUCUCAAACCGGCGAACGGGCAACUCCAUUUAUUCGUCAAGCUGCUAAGAAUUACUCAGCCUAUGCUACAUUCGCGUUUGUGCUAUGGCAGGAAGGAGAAUCUUCAUUGUGGUGGAAUAUGUUAGGGGUCGAAUCUGCCCCUGCCAUUGUAUUUCUAAAAGAAACAGGCGUCAAACCUGUGGUUCAUCACGGCUAUGUCAACAGUUCCUUGUUUGUGGAUAUUAUGGAGAGGAAUAAAAAUCAAGUGCUUCCACAAUUGAGGAGUGUAACUUCGAUGGAACUGGGUUGCAAUGCGCGGGGCUUUUCACGUGCUGGAAAGGAUACCAGGGUAUGGUAUUGUGUUGUUUUAGCUGGGAGGUAUAGCCAGGAGCUCAAUGAAAUGCGUGAAACUGUUCGCAGGGUUCAAGAAACUCUUUCAAACGAUGGAGAAUUGACUGCAGUGGAUCAAGAUCCAUCAUCUGCACCAGCUCUGCUUGCACUAAAACAGAAACGACUGACAUUUACCUGGCUUGAUGGGGAAGCACAGAAAAGUUACUGUUUCUUCUACAUUAAUUCAGAAAAUAGUUAUGAGACCUGUGGGCCGAGGAGGGAUAUAACAGACGUAGCACAAUUGUUUAUCGUACGCUAUGAGAGGAAUGUUACAGAGGAUGUUGAAAAGCAGCCGACCAGCAGAUACUCAGAGUUGUACAAUGUUGAAGCUGAUCCUGCAUCUCAGCUUGUGGCAAAAUACAAUGGUUCUAAUAAAAUUGAAGAGAUUGUACAAUGGAUUUCUGAGAUAAUCAAAGAUGGCGACUCCAAGAAUCUUCCUUCAUUUAGAACUAGGACUCCUGAAUUGGUUCCGGAGGAUGCAGAUUCCAGUUGGUCAUCUUGGUCUCAAGGAACCGUUGGCCCUAAUGGAGGAUUUAAACAUAGAAUCAAAAGUUUCCUAAAUAGAAUUCACGAUUACAGUGGUGAUCCAAGGGUUGGACCCUUUCUGCUCCUGGCAUCAUUAAUCUCAUUUGGUAGUGUUUGGCUGAGGAGAAGUCAGGUAGCUCAGUCAAGCGAAUCAGAUCAUUCAAGCGAGAGGUCCAAUGAGCCAGAACAUUUGAGCCAGCAGACCAGAGAGUCCGAUCACACUCAGCCAAGUGCAAGGGACACAACCACACGAAAGCGAAGAAAUCGCCCAAGAAACGAUCUUGUUCCACCUUCUAUGACUGACGUGGAACCUAAAGAUGCUUGCCAAGCGGAAUUUUCAGAUUCUGAUACUGGCUAGUUGGGUUCAAAUAACUGCAGGCUGUUUUAUUAGCACAGGGUAGAAGCUGAAAUUUGUUGCGAGCAGGCGGAUGACUAACAACCUCCUUUACAUAACUGGUUGCCUUGCAGGCAUCGAUACCAUGUAAAUUGAGCUCGAUAAAAUUUCCUGAUGUGUAAACAUAUCAGUAGUUUAGUUUUAAUUUAUGAAGGAACGGAGAAUUGAUAAAAUAGUGACCAAGAUCAUAUGUCACGACAGAGAAAAACAUUAGUGCAAAAAUAUAUCACGAUUCUGAUAGAGUAAAGUUCAU